AAGGCCCGGACGCUCCGGCGAGCCGGGGAGAGGAAGUUAGGCUCCGGGAGAACUAAUCCCGCUUCCUGCAGCCGGCGGUUCCUCGUUCGUUCUCCGUGGGACGUAGCGUUGGCCGCUUGCUCGGGCGCCGUUCUGCCGGGCUUAAGGAAACAGAGAUGGCCCUGAGCAGGAGAUUCUAGCUGAGGAAACAGUCUCUUUGUUAUGAUGCCAUCCCGUAACAAUGUAACUACUGGGAUCCCCAGUAGUAAAGUGAAGUACUCCAAGCUUUCUAGCACAGAUGAUGGCUACAUUGAUCUUCAGUUUAAGAAGAGCCCUCCCAAAAUCCCUUACAAGGCAAUAGCACUUGCUAUAGUGCUAUUUAUGAUUGGCACCUUUCUUAUUGUCAUAGGUGCUCUGCUGUUAGCUGGAUAUAUCAGCAAAGGGGGAGCAGACCGAGCCAUUCCUGUCUUGAUAAUUGGGAUUCUGGUAUUCCUGCCAGGAUUCUACCACUUGCGCAUUGCCUACUACGCUUCCAAAGGCUACAGGGGCUACUCUUACGAUGACAUUCCGGAUUUUGAUGACUAGAGUCUACUUUGUUCCAGAAGAAAACAGUUGCUGUGGGGAAUAAGCUUAGCACUGAAAAGCUGAACCCAUGGAAAUUUAAAUACCUGUGGGUCAGAGAAUGCUCUAGUUUAUUUUAGCAAGGUCAUUGCUAGGCUCUCUGGGAUCAUCCCAAAGAUGUUAACUGAGCUUGCAAUUGGAGAAAUAUGGCAUCAUUUUCUUUACCUCCUGUUCUGAGCUAAGGUUUUUGAAGAGGCAGCUUUCCACACAUACACUCACACCCACAAGUUCAAAGCAGUUGUGGAAAUUUAGUAAUAGAAUCGCUCCAAAAAAUCAUUUUUGUAAGAUACGACCUUUUCAGUCUAAGCUUCAUCACCAGGUUGGCUUUAUGGUGAUGAAUUUUUCUACUGCAGCUGCUUUUACAGACCAUCUGUAAUAACUAUAUCUCAAUAUAUGUAUGUAUAUAUUAGUAUGUGAAUAUAUACAUAUAUGUAUAUACACUCACACAAAUGUACACAGUAAUAGGAAUUUAGUGAGGAAUUGGCCAAAUAAUGGUCUGGUUGAAAAGAGACUGAAUCUCCCAAUCUUAAGUUGAACAUUUUUAUGUUUUAGCUUUUUAUUUUUGGAAGUAGUCUAGUGUUACCUACAUGGUUUGUGUCAAAUAGAAUAUGUAAUGUGUUUUAGCUUCAUUUUGUUAAGUAGUAUUAUUUGAAGAACCAUUUGAAUUGAAUAACUCAAAACCAUUAACCUAUUUCUUCUACUGUCUUCCAGUAGAACAUUUGUUGAUAGAACUAAGUGUAAUCAAAUUAGUAAGAAUCCAUAAUGAUUCUAACUUGCUUUUUGAAGUGACACAAAAAUUAGGAAUGCUGGAAGUCUCAGACUACAUUUUGCAGUUUUUCAUCUUGCUGAUACUUUAUCAGGCCUUAUCUGUUUCAUAGGUUUGAUGACAAUACUAUGGGGCAUUUUGUCCUCUGAAGAUCAAGAUGUUCCAUGCAUUUAUCAUUUUUUAAGGGCUGAAUUUUUUACCAGUUGUCAAGAUUGUUUAUUUCCUAUGAAAAAUAAGGUUUGGUUGUUGAUAAUUUAGUUGUGUUUUUUUAAAAAUUGCUUUAUUAGUACCUUUUAUUGUUGCUUUCUUAUUGCAAAGAUGAUACAGACUCGAUCACUUGAAGUCUGAGCUUGGCUAAUAUAAGUUAAUUAUUUCAUUGUUACAGGGAGUGAGAACAUUUAAGAGAAAUUAAAAUGUCAAAAUCAGAGCUCUAGAUUUAAUAUUUGUAAAAGCUGUGCCUUAUAUUGGACAUUGUAAUAGACUUGAUUGAUUAUCAUGUUGGAUUUAAGUCUAUAAGUCACAUAUAGCAUACAUCCUCUUUCUUUUUGACUUUUGGUUAUACCAAGUCACUUAUCAGAUCAAGAUUCUACUAUAUAACCAUACUUUUACACUUCCCUGCAAUGAAUUAUAUUUUUGCAUUUAAUCAUUAAUCAUCUAAGACCUAAUCAGUAACAUUUCAUUGAGUCGAAGUGAAAAGCACUCCAUUAGGUACUAUUCCAAUUUAUAACUAAAGCAGAUGGCAUCAUUUCUGUCCUCAGGGAGCUUACCUAUUAAUGGAAGAAACAAAUGGAAAACAUGUGAGCAGAAAAUAGCAAAAUCAUAGAAGUAUAUUAAAAUGUAUUUUCUUACACAUUAAAUGUGGCCCUUUUGAUUUUUAUGAAAGUAAGACAGCUGCUCAGGGAAGGUUGUUGAAGUGAUGGAAGAGACUGAAACCAGACUAUGUUAUAUGAAGGCUAUGCAGAGAAGAGGGACAAGGUUUGGCAUAAAGGGAUACAUUGAAAACAGGUGUGGCAUAGAUGAGCGGCAAUGGUGUAAUGGAAAGAGCACCACAUACUUAGGCUUGAGUCUUCGCUCCAUCACUUAGUAGCUGAAUUAUUUAUUUCCUCCGUUCCUUUAAUCUGUAAAAUUGGAGUAAUAAUAGUUGCACUACCUACCUCACAGGGUUGUUGUGAGGAAAAUGAUCUUGAAACUUCUCUCUUAGAUAAGUCAUGUAAUCUCUUUGAACCUCAGUUUCAUCUGUAAGAGAGGGAUUCCCUGAAUUCUUCAUAAGAUUUUUUUGUGAGAAUCAGAUGAGAUUAUAUAUAUAUUAAUACAUACAGGAGCAAGGAAUUCUUAUUGUGAAGGAAGACAAAAAUAGGUGAAUUGUGGAAGUAUUAAGAGAAUGAUACAAAAAGACUUAAACUCUUUUGCAGGGAUUUUUAAUCUGGGCUCAAUUUUUAAUAUUUUGAUAACUAUUUUAAUGUAACUGCUUUCUUUUGCAAUCCUUUGUAUUUAGAAUGUGUUUGACAACAUUAUUCUGAGAAUGGGUCCAUAAGUUUGGCCAGACUGCCAAAUGAGUCAAUGACACAAAUAAAAUUAAUCUCUGGUCUGGUCCAACUCGUUAUUUUACAGAUUAGUAAACCAAGACCCAGAAAGGUUAAGUGACAAUCAUAAACAUGUUUAUUUGGCUAAGUUGGAUAGUUCAUGCUAUCUUCUGUGAAUAUAUUAGAAAAUUAGAACAGUUAACCAGUGAGAUAGGAGGGGCAAAUUGAUUAAGGUGAUAAUGUGAAUCAAGAAUGAGUGGAGAGAAACUAGACCUUGCUUUUUCUCUUUUCUAGUCCUGACAUAGUAGUUUUAGUGAUCAAUAAAUGCUUGUUUGAUGAAUAAAACCUAAGAAGAGAAAUUAAUAAAAAUGAAACUGGCCAGUAGAAUUAAGAAUUUUCAUUUCUUAGUUCAGGACAGUCAAUCCAGAAGUCACUGAAUUAGAGUGAACAAUGGAAAGUAUUGCUUGCAAUGGAGAGAAUGUUGCAAAAGAACAAGUAGCACACUUAGCAGGAAAGAGAGCAAUUUAUAACAAAGCUUGAGGUACUUGGAAGAUGGUGUUUAAGCAACAAAACGGCCUGUUUGGGGAGUUUUCCUUAAAUUGAGCCAAAAUUUUCUACUCUAACUUCUGCCAGUUCUGCCUAGAUUUUCACCUCUGAAGCUGUACAGAAUAAGUGAAAUCCUUUCAUAUUCUGAUAUCCUUGAGAUAUUUUAAGCAUAUAUUCAUGUUAUACACUUCCAAGCUAAACAUAUCUUUCCUUGAUUUCUGGACCUCAUUCUUGCUCUCUGUAUGGAAGCCAGUUUGUCAGUAUUCCUCUAAAUAUGAGGCUUGUGCAUAAACAGUACUCGAUUUCUGAUAAGUACAGAAUAUAAUUGUACUAUUCCCUUAUUCUUAAUACUAUAUUUCUAUUAAUAUAGUCUAAGAUUGUAUAAUUAUCCCCCAGUGUAGUCAUAUUAUUAUAUCAUUCUGAGUUUAAAGUCGUUUAAAUCAUCAUAGCAUAGUAGAUAAGGCAGUGAAUUUGGAGUUGGGGAAGGACUCAAUUGACAUCCCACCUCAGAUACUUAUUAGCUAUGGGAUCUUGGACUAAUCAUUUGUCCUCCCUGUACUUCAAUUUUCUUAUCUAUAAAAUAAAGAUAGUAAGUCUUGAAUGCUUCUAAGGUCUUAUCUAGUUCUAAAUCUAUGGGGGGGGGAAUCAAAAAUUUUUUUCUACAUAUUACUAAUUAGAUCUCAUCCAUCCUAUUGGUAUUUAUACCUUGGUAUAGGCUUAUCACUAUUAAAUUUUAUCUUGACAAACUUAGACUCAUGAUUGUAACCUGUUCAGGAUCUUUGAGGGCUUCUAUGAAAGGUAGAUUUGUCAUUUGGUAUAUUAGCUUUUUCCCCUCAGGGCUCUCAGUCAUUUAAGUCAUUGAUCAAAGUAUUGAAUGAAAUAGAACUCAAUUUAAAUCUCUUGCCACCAACCAUUAGAGACAUUCUUCUAGGAUUACACUAAUCCAUGCAAUCUUUAGAUGUUGAAUUCAUUUAGAAUCACAAAGUCAAGGGUUGGAAGGAACCUCAAGAGUUAUCUCUUUCAACCCUUACCAAAAACAUGAUGUAUCUUCUCUAAACGGUUGUCUAGACUCUGCUUGAAGACAAUGUUUGGAAGUUCACCACUGCCCAUUCUCUAUCCCCCAACAUAGCAUAUGAUGUUUUUUUCAUAUGAACUGGCCUGGCCAUAGGUUACGCAUUCUUGUAAGUUAAUUUUUUUCAACUCGGGUCAAGGGCUUUAUUUUUCUGAUUUAAUCUUUUUACUUUCAUCCACAGUUUUCACCUGUCACAGCCUUUUGGGAUGCUGAUUCAAUCAUCCAGUAUAUUAGUCCUGCUUUUUGAUUUCCUUUAUUCUUCAAAUGUGAUAAAUGUAACUUUUCUAUCCCUUCAUGCAAGUAAUUGAUUAAAAAAAUUUAUUGAUCUCCAA